UCAGAAUCCCCCAGACCCGGCCCCGGCCUAGGAAGGGAAGCUCCGUGGACUGAGGUCUCCGUGGCCCCAGUGGCGGUGGGCCGUGGGUGGGCUCGCCUCCCCCUGUCCCGGCUGCAAUGCACCCGCGGCGCCCGGACGGAUUCGAUGGCUUGGGCUACCGAGGUGGCUCCCGGGAUGAGCAGGGCUUCGGCGGUGGCGGCGCUUUUCCUGCAAGGUCCUUCAGCUCGGGAUCGGACCUGAGCCACUGGGUCACUACUCCCCCAGACAUCCCGGGCAGCCGCAACCUGCACUGGGGCGAGAAGAGCCCACUCUACGGCGGGCCCGCCGUCUCCACCCCGCUCGAGGGGCCAGCGGAGGAACCCUUUCCCAGCGGCGGCGGCGCGGUGCCGGGACAGAGCAGCGAACAGUUAAAUAGAUUUGCUGGAUUUGGCAUUGGACUUGCAAGUCUUUUUACAGAAAAUGUACUGGCCCAUCCUUGCAUUGUUCUGCGCCGCCAGUGUCAGGUUAAUUACCAUGCUCAGAAUUAUCAUCUCACUCCAUUUACAGUCAUCAAUAUUAUGUACAGCUUCAACAAAACUCAGGGACCAAGAGCCCUUUGGAAAGGAAUGGGAAGUACAUUUAUUGUCCAGGGAGUGACACUUGGAGCAGAAGGAAUAAUCAGUGAAUUCACACCUUUGCCAAGGGAGAUUUCACACAAAUGGAAUCCUAAACAAAUAGGAGAACACCUUCUACUGAAAGCCCUAACUUACAUGGUGGCAAUGCCUUUCUAUUCAGCAAGUCUAAUUGAGACAGUACAGAGUGAGAUAAUUCGAGAUAAUACUGGAAUUUUGGAAUGUAUUAAAGAAGGAAUUGGAAGAGUGAUAGGUAUGGGAGUGCCUCAUAGCAAACGACUACUUCCGCUUCUUUCCUUGAUCUUCCCUACGGUGCUGCAUGGAGUUCUUCAUUACAUCAUCAGCUCAAUCAUUCAGAAGUUUGUCCUACUAAUUCUAAAGAGAAAGACUUAUAAUAGCUACCUAGCUGAGAGCACUAGCCCUGUGCAAAGUAUGUUGGAUGCUUAUUUUCCAGAACUUAUUGCUAACUUUGCUGCCAGUCUUUGCUCUGACGUUAUACUUUACCCAUUGGAAACUGUUUUGCACCGCCUUCACAUUCAAGGAACACGUACCAUAAUUGACAAUACAGACCUUGGCUAUGAAGUGCUUCCAAUUAAUACACAGUAUGAGGGGAUGAGAGACUGUAUCAAUACCAUAAGGCAGGAGGAAGGAGCGCUUGGUUUUUAUAAAGGGUUUGGUGCUGUUAUAAUACAGUACACACUGCAUGCAGCUGUUCUACAGAUUACCAAAAUUAUUUACUCUACCCUUCUUCAAAACAGCAUUUGAGAUUUAGGCUUCAUCACUGGUUAGUCAACGAGACAUAACCUGGAUUCUUUGUUAUGAAAUUACGAGGGUUGAAAGUGAAAUACUGGGGAAAAAAUGGAUUGGAAAAUGAAACUAGUAGAAAAAGCCCAUGCUGAUCAUAUUCAAACACUUCUUUUUUGGAUCAAAAUUAUUCCAUAUUUGAAAACUCAGUAAAAAUAACGCUUAUAUGAAUUAAACUCUAGCUAGUAUAACACUCACGCUGAAGUGAAAAAUAAAGAUCCUGGGCAGAAGCAAAGUUGUCAUAAACUAUAAAACAAAAUUGCAUAGUCCUGAAUAUAAUCCGUCUGACCUUAAUAUUUGUUAUGUGUUUAUUUUACUUUCUAAAUCAAUAUUGGUAUAUCUUCCUUAAUACAAUAUACAGUAUCAGGAGGUCAUAGUUUACCUUUAUGCAAAUAAAUUAUGCCACCAAUGAAAAAGACUAGAAUAUUAGAUUUGGCAGUCUGUAAGCAAGAGCUUAAAAAUUUUUAAGUGCGUUGCCCCAAUAUAACUAUUUUUAAUGGCUGAUUUUUUCUAUAUAAAGCCAUUUAUGUACACAUAAAACUUGACAUUUCCAUUAUCCCUACAGACCAGGUUAUUACAUAAAAUGAAGUCAUGUAGUUUCUGCUUGAAUAUCACCAAGAAUAAAACAUUAAAAACCAAGGAAAGAUUUAAGUUCAACAUAAACUAGUUGGCCCAGUGCUCCAGUGCCAGCAAUUUAAAUUUGUCAGACAUUUAUCAAGCUUGAUUUGCUUGGCUAUUUAUGUGAACCAUCAGGUUAUUUUUAGAGCUAUUCUUAAAAAAGAGAGAAUAUAAAAUAAUCAUGACAACUAUUACUGUUUCCACAUUUUCAAAUUGUGUACUAAAAAGAACCUUACUUGCCUUUUCAUUUCCGAAUGACUUGUCUUAGAGGAGACAAAAUUAAAAUUCACUGGGAAAUUUGUGCCUCAAGAGCCUUUUGUAUAGUCAUCAUUGAGUAAUGACUUCAGUUUUUAUUUUCUUUCAGUUUUUGCUUAGUGUGGUUUGUGGAACUAGAUACACAUAAAAGGAAAAGCAAACUUAACCUUGUUGCCUUUUAUUUAAACUUAUUUGGAUGAACACUGAACUAAAAAUACAAACCUUAAAGGGAGCUUGGUCCUUGUUUUUUAUGGAUUUCAUGAGAAGAAAAAGUACCUUUCAACCAAUAAUAAGAAAAAAAAUGUUGAAUCAGUUUAAUUAAAAAUUUCUAUUUCUAAAUUUAAUUUGGUGGGUUAGGCUGGUCUUUGUAUAGUAAAAUGAUGUUGACUGAUCUAUCAUUAAACAUUCUUAAGUUUUAUUUCCUCAUGUGGGUGAUCAGAGUUUUGCUGUGAACUAUUUAAUGCACUGAAUUGUAAUGACUUUUCACUGAUGUCUCCGCCAUGCAAACAGAAUUUAUUUUACUUUGCUAAAUGUCAGAUAAAUGGUUACUUUUUAUGAUUAAUAGUGUUGGAACCAAAAAGCAGUAUGUAGGUUGGGACUGUCUCCACUGUCUUAUAAAUGUGCUGUUGUUUUUUUUUAACAAUACUGAGGCACAUGAGUUUUCCAUUUUUAAAAUCCACAAAGAUGGGAAAACCAAAAUUAAAUACCACUGAUCCCAUGUAUUUUAUGGUUAACCUUUUAGGUUAUGGUUUACUUUGUCCAACCUAUGGCAUGUAUAUUGCUUUCAUUGCUUUUGAACCACUAAGUAAUUUUUUAGACGUUUUAAUAUGCCCAACAUCCUUAAAAACAUUAAUUGUAUUUUUUUUUUAAUAAUCAAAGAAAGUAAUUUCAGACAAGAAUAAGCUUCAGAAAAUUUCAAAUUAGUUGUCUUUCUAGAAGAACAGAGUCUGGAAUUAAGCAUUUACUAAUGAAAAUCUGUAGGACUCUUCAUCUUGUUUAAAAAUUUAAUAUUUCAAGAUCAUUUGUUGAAAGUUAACAUGAAAAUGCAAUUAUAUAAAUUUGUUUCAUUAUAAAAUCAUUACAUGUCUGAUAGGCUGAACCAAAUAAGUACAAGUUCAAGUAAGUAAAGCUGGUUUUUUCUCUCUUUGGAGAAAGAGAAUACAAGUAAACAUUAAAACUAAAAAAAUACUAUUUUUUUUUUUACUGCCAUUGCAAAUUAGUUGAAAUAUAAGUAUCUUUAAUAUUCAAGCACUUAAAUAUUGUCAAAGUAUAUUUAACUGAAUUUAGAAAGAGAUCAGUGGAAAUAACAAUUAGAGACACUCCCUUUUUAAAAUUAUUAUUUUUCUUUAACAUGGGUACAGAUAUCAACUAUCCAUGGCUAAAUUUCUUGAGAUGAUAAUAGCUUAGAAUAAUAUUUUUUAAAUUCAUUAUAAGUAGUAGUGUUGUGAAUAUUUUAUUAAAAUUAUAUUGUUCCAUAAGCCCAGUGGUCAUCUUACAUAGGCCAGAUUUGGGGCAUGGAGCUGAAGUACGACAUGUUUGCCUUACUUGAUAGAGUUUUUUAACUUGAGUCAAAUAAUGUGCCAGAGAUUGGAUUAGAAACUGAAAAAAUAUGGAAAAUACGAACGUACUCUGUUAUUAGAAUUUGUGAAUUGAUUUACAAAAUCUGAUGCAUACAGUUUUUUUCCCUUGAGAUAACCUCCUGAGUUUUAUUUUGCUUAUGUGUGUGCCCUUGAAAAAUACUCCCUAGCUUAAGAAGGUUAUUUAUUCGAGUCUCCAAACUUCCAUAAAACAUAAGUAUGAAAUGGCAAAAACAAGCUAAUUUCGAAAUGGCUAUAGGCUGGGGAUUUGAUAACUUAACCAGGGUUUUCAGAAACAUAAAACCGGAGAGCUAAGAGGUCUUGCUCACUGUUGCAGAUGUGCCUGACUACUCACAACUGUCUUCAUCACUGUGUGUGUAGUAUCUACAAAAAGCAGUCACUAUUGAUUGAACACAAAUGCCUCACUAUUUCUCUCCAUAUAUUCAUGUGUUUGCUUAGAAGACAGAAAACACUGCUGAUAUUUGCUUUAUCAGUGGAGACUGUGAAGUUACAUUGUAGUAAAGGAUGUGAUUCAGUCUACUUGAUAUUUUGGAACAGAAAAGAUUACUAUGCCAGCUCUUCAGAAGAUAGCCAAGUUUAAAUUGUUGCCAAAACUUACAUAAGCAAAUAAAAUCCCCUUGGUAACAAUGCACAUUGCACUAGAAUUGGAGUCAUACUUCGGCAUUUCUGCUUUCUCUUCGCUUUAUGGUUGUACAUAAUCUCUCUCUUGCUUGUUCUUGCCCUCUCUCUCUCUCUAAUACAAAUUGAAUAUGUAAUGUCUUGUUUUUGAGUCAUUGGGUAUCAUUGAUGUGGUACCAAGUUGUAUAGCAGAAUAACAAAAAAAAUUGUGAUUUGACAAUAUUACCUCAGCUAGAAGAGGAGUUUGGUCUUUUUUUUUUAUGUUGUUUCCGUCUCUCCAGUAUUUUAAACGUUUUGGAUAAAUUGUGUAAUAUGGAAAGUUCAAUAAAAUGUUGAAAUACAACCAAUCUUUUUCUCUUACCGAGGCUAGAGAAUUACUCAGGCUGGUGUUAGCAGAUAAGGUAUAUUUUUGUAGGUAAAGAUGAAGAUCAAGAAAAUGUAUGUGUAAAAUGAAACCUUUUUUCCCACCAUUUGAAAUUCUUUAGCAGGGUCAUAAAAGUGGUGUAACUUGUAAUGUGGCUCACAGAAAAUUAACCUUUUUUUUUUUUUUUUCAAGUUUUGCAUGUGUCGUUUUUUGUACAAGUCUCAUACGUUCCCAUAUUUGAUCUUCACAACAGCCCGAUGACGUUUUCCAUGCCUUGCUCUUUGAGGAACUAGAUACAGAAGGGCUGUGACUUGUCCAAAGUUAAGCAACUAAUUAAACACAAAGCCAGAAAUGGAGCCUAGAUCUUGUUAUCUAAUUCAGUGACCCACCAUAACAAGGCCUCUUAAAAUCAGGAAUAGGUGGUCUACUAAUAAUACAUGCUCUUUAUAGGAAAAGAACAACAGCAGCUAACAUUUAUUGAGUACUUAGUUCAAUGUCCAGAUCAUUCAGAACUUAGAUGCAUCAUUUCGUAUGUUUCCUACACAACCUUGUGAAGUGGUACUAAUAGUAUUCUUUUUACAGUUAAUAAAAUUGUAACUGAAACUGGGAGAUUAAGAGCUUCGCCUGAGAUUAUAUAGUUAAUAAGUAGCAUAGCUAGGAUUUAACUCAGGUAUUGCUCAAAUCUUAUAUUCCUAGACUGGUCACCACGUCACAGUGUGGUCGCUUUGAUUAGUAUUAUCCAACAGAAGAACUAAAGGACACCACUGUUACUGACGAACUGCUUCUCAGAUUAAUUUGCACUGGCGUCUACGGUGGAAAGUUCUGAGCUCUUUUGUAGGUGCCUCCACAGUCCUCACCACUGCCCUCCCUUCUCCAAGUUGGAAACCUCUCUUUGCACUUCUAUAGCUCCUUAAUGCUUUUUUUCUUUUGACAUGGACUUUGUUUUGCAGUUAUCUGUGAAUAUCUGUUAAGCCCUUUAAUAGGUGAUGCACUUAUACUAAAGGUCUUUUUCCUCCUCCUUCCUAUCACACACCUAUAUACAUAGACAUAAUAUAUGACAUAGACAUAAUAAAAUAUUGAAUGACUAAAUGGCUGCUACAAAACUAUGUGACAAGUCUUGUCUAAUUAUUUUGAAUCUUGUCCCCUUUUAGCCCUGGUGGCACAGUGGUUAAGAGCUACAGCUGCUAACCAAAAGGUCAGCAGUUCGAAACCACCAGCCAUUCCUUGGAAACCAUAUGGAGCAUCAACUCAAUGGCAGAGUUUGGUUGGCUUUGGUUUCCUUUUUAGUUUGGAAUUUCAACACUGAAAGAUGGAAAUCAUCUCUCAUUUUACAAAUUUGAAGCGGAGUCCUAGAGAUAUUAAAUAAGAUCAAAUAUGAUGGUUAAUUUUAUGUGUCAGCCUGGCUCAGCUAUGGUGCCCACUUGUUUGGUCAAAUACUAGAUGUUACUGUGUAGGCAUUUUGUAGAUGCAGUUAACAUUUACAAUCAUUUGACUUUAAGGAGAUUAUCCUUAAUAAUGAGGCUAGGCCUCGUCCAAUCAAAGGCCUUAAGAGCAAAAAGUGACGUUUCCUAGAGAAGAAGGAAGUUUGCCUCAAGACUGCCUGAGUUUUAAGUCUGCCAGCCUGCCAUACAGAUUUCAGGCUUGCCAACCCCUACAACUGGAGUAAACUUAAACACAUAUGCCUUAGUGAAAGAACCCAGUCUGAAAAAGCUACAUAGUGUAUGCUUACAACUAUAUGACAUUUUAGAAAAAGUAAAACUGUACAGACUCUAAGGAGAUUAGUGGUUGCCAGGUAUUCAAGCCAAGGCAGAGAGGAGUGAAUCAGUGAAGCAGAGGAUUUUUAGGAUGGUGAAUUUAUUCUAUAUGUUACUGUAAUGGUGGAUACUGACACUAUGCAUUUGUCAAAAUUCAUAGAACUGUACACCACCACGAGUGAACCUUACUGUAUGCUGUGAGCAUUACCCAUUACCAUCAAGUCAAUUCCAACUCAUAGCAACCCUAUCUGACACAGUAGAACUGCCCCACAGGGUUUCCAAGGAGUGCCUGGUGGAUUCAAACUGCCAACCUUUUGGUUAACAUCUGUAGCUCUUAACCAGUACACCACCAGGGUUUCCAUGACCAUUAGUUACUAAUAAGGUAUCAAUAUUGUAUGUUCAGUUUUUUCUGUCAAUCUAAAAUUGUUUUUUUUAAAUCUUUUUAAUGUUAAAAAUUACAAAUAGUUCCAUUUUCCCCUCACCGUACUUCUCACAGUGUUAACAUUCUAUAUAAUCAUAAUACAAUUAACAAGAGCAGAAAAUUAACAUUAGAAACAUUACAACUACAGACUUUAUUUGAAUUUUAUCAUUUUUUCCCCAUUAUGUUCUUUUCCUGUGCCUAGGUCCUACCCAAGAUCCCACAUUACAUUUACUUGUAAAAGUGUCUCAGUCUUCCCUUGUCUUUCGUAACUGUGACAUUUUUGAAGAGUACUGAUCAGUUAUUUUUACUGAUCAGUUAUUUUGUAGUUUGCCCCUUAAUUUGGAUUUGUCUUAUAUUUUCUUGUGUUUGAAAUAAGGUUAUGCAUUUUUUGGCAAGAAUGCCACAAAAAUUAUAUUAGGUCUUUCUUUUUAUCAGAGUAUUCAUGAUGCCAAUAUGUCUUCUUACUGGUGAUGCUGACCUUAAUCACUUGGUUAAAGUGGUAGCUGUUGGAUUUCUUCUCUGUAAAGUUUUUCUUUGUAACUAAUAUAGUAUCUGGGAGAGAUCGCUUGAGACUAUGCAAAUUCUAUUUUUCCUCAAAUUUUUACCCACUGAUUUUUGUAUCCAUUGGGGGAUCUUGCCUGCAACAAUGGCCACUGCAGUUUUUGCCCAAUAGUGAUCCUCUAUUUCACUCCUUUUUAAUUUUUUAAAUUACAAAUCUACUGUAAGGAAGAACUUUCCCUUUUCCCCAAUUUAUUUGUUUAUUCAAUUAUUUGUUUAUAUUAUCAUGAACUUACGGAUAGAAGGGCACGUUUUAAUGAUGAGUCACAAUUUACAAAAAGAAAAAAUGACAUAUUGUAUCUAUGCACCAAAUAACAUAGCAACCACCUUCAUUAAGCAAAGCUACAUAAGAUGCAAAGGAACAGACAGAAACUGGUGAUAGGAGACUUUAACAUGCAUUUUUCAGUGCAAGGCAGAUCAAACGCACAAAAAUAAGUAAUGAUACUAAAGAUCUAAACAUGAGUAUAUUUCAAACAUAUCCUGAUAAUAGAGAAUUGAUCUUCUCAAUUCUCCAUGGACACAAAAGAAAUUAAUGGAACAUUCACAAAUAUUAAUCAUAUAUUAGGUCACAAAGUCUAUAUCUGUAAGUUCCAUAAAGUAGAAAUAUUAGAAAUAGUACUCUCCUAUCACCAUGCAAUAAAACUAUAAGACAAAAAGUUUUAAAAGAUCCUUCCAUUUAGAAAUUAAUAACAUUUUCUAUUAAAUGAUUCUUGCAUGAAAAUGGAAAUAACUGAAAUAAGCAUAACAAAAUCCUGUAUAUCAGAAUCUAUGGGGUAUAUUUAAACAAAACCACAGGAAAAUUCAUAACACUAAACACUUCUAUCAAUAAAAGAAUUAAAAUAAAUGAAUUAAAUUUAAAGCAUAAAAAUAACAAAAAACCCAGAAAGCAUAAGGAAAUAAUGAUAAAAGCAAAAUUAUGAGGUAGAGAAAAGAAAUAAAGUAGAUCUCAUUUUGAAAAGAUUUGCAAAAUAUACACACUACUAGAUAAAUUCAUCAAGAAGCAAAAAGGGAACCACAAAUAUGCAAAACAGGAAAUGAAAAGGAGGAAAACUGAAGAAAUUUUAAAAAAGCAUGAGACCACACUGCACAACUCUAUGUAAAUAAAUUUGAAAACCUAGAUAAAUUGAGUAAUUUACUAAGAAAUACAGAUUGACAAAUUGCUGUUAGGUGCUGUUCAGUCAGUUCUGACUCAGAGCAACCGUAUGUACAACAGAACAAAACGCUACCCAGUCCUGUACCAUCUCCACAAUUGUUGCUAUGCUUGAGCCCACUGUUGAGUUUGCGUGCUUUCCAACCUGAGGGAUUCAUCUUCCAGCGCCAUAUCAGACAUUGUUCUGCCACUAUUCAUAAGAUUUCACUGGCCAAUUUUUUUAGAAGUAGAUACCCAGGUCCUCCCUCCUAGUCUGUCUUAGUCUGGAAGCUCUGCUGAAAACUGUCCACCAUGGGUGACCCUGCUGGUAUUUAAAAUACUGGUGGCAUAGCUUCCAGCAUCACAGCAACACACAAGCCACCACAGUUCAACAAACUGACAGAUAAGUAGUGGUGACAAAAUUAACCCCAUUCAAAAAUGACAUCUUCAGUGGAUUAAUUUUAAUAGAAGAAAUGAAGUUAUUAAGGAAUUACUCCAUCAAAAAACUGGCAAAAUGGCUUUACAGAGGAUUUGUACCAAAUGGUCAAAGAUAGUUUCCAUGCUUUGUGAAUUGUUUCAGAGCAUUUAAAAAAAAAAAGUUCUAAUUAUUUUUAAUAGCAAAUAUAACACUGAUACCUGAAUCUGAUAGACCACACAAAUUACAGACCAAUAUCACUUAUCAUAUCAAUGCAAAGUUCUAAAUAUAAGAAAAAAGUAUUCAACCCUAAAUUAAAUAAUAUAAUAUGACCAAGUAGUAUUUAUUACAUGAAUAUAAGGCUGGCUCAAUAUUAGGAAAUCCAUUUGUAUAAUACAAAAUGUUAAUAGAUUUUAGGUAAAAAUCAUGUGAUUAUCUCCAUAGACACUAAAAAAUUCUUUGAAAAAAAAUCAACAGCCAUUUCUGACAAAAACAAUUAAGAAAAUAGGAAUUGAUAGAUACUCCCUUAACAUGAUAAAAUACAUAAACUUUAGUUGAACUUAAUGGAGAAACACCAGAAACAUUUUUACUAAGAUCAAGAGCAAAGCAGAAAUGCCCACUAUCAUCCACAGGGUGUACUGAAAAGAAUAUGGAUUUGGAAAUCACACAGAUCUGUUUUAAAGUCUAGCUACAGCCUUUACUACUGAUGUUCCCUUGAGAAAGUUAUUAAGACACUUUGAGCUUCAAUUUCCUCUUUGGUAAAUUGAAAAUGGUGAUACCAACCAAGCGAAAAUACUGAAAAUUUAAGAAAACGUGUAACUCUGUGUUGCAUAGUAGGUUCUUAAUGAAAAGUAGCUGUUAUAUGAAAAUGUUGUUGUUGAUAAUUGCUAUCAAGUUGAUUGUGGCUCAUGGAGACUCCGCGUGGGCAGAGUAACACUGUUCCAUAGGGUUUUUCAAGCCUGUGACCUUUCAGAAGCAGAUUGCCAGGCCUCUUCUUAGGUGCCACUCUGUGGGUUCAGACCACCAACCUUUCAUCUAGUAGUUGACCGCUUAACCAUUUGCACCACCCAGGAAAAUGGACCUUAAUAAUUGUAGAACUCUCGGAAUUUAGCCCAUUUCUUUGCUGUACCUAGGGACUGACGAAUGUUUGAUGAAUUGAAUUCCUUCUGAGGUCAAUGAAUCUGUUUCCUACAGGGCUUUGACCUGGUCCGUUCCAACUCUGCCCCUUGCUAAUUUGCAUUUCCACCCCAGAUACACUGAAGGAGGAUCUACAUUUUAACAAGAUCCCCAGGUGAUUCUGACAUAUAAUAAAUUUUGAGAACCACUGCUCUAUAGAGCAGUGUUAAAAUGAAUUUUAAAAUAAAACCAGUUCGAAACCCUGGUUUCCUGUUGCUUCUCAUCCCAGAUUUUUCUUGCUGAAGUUACUAUCACUCCUGAAAAUCAUGACUCUCUUGCCCUUUUCACUUCUUUCUAAUUUUGAUUUUCUCUCUCCAAUUAUAGUCAUUUCUCAAUUGCAUUGUUGCAAUAAAAUUUGAUUCACAUAGAGAUCUAACGAGCCAGUCAUUGUCCUAGAUGAAAAGUCGUGCAGUCAUUUUCUCCUUUCUAAAGUCCCCGAAUGUCUGCUUGAUUUUACUGCUUUCGUCUCACUCUCGUAGCACAAAGUUUUUCAGUUCUGGCUCUGUGGCUAGAAACGCCAGUUAAGGGUACUAUGUUAUUGUUAGGUGUCAUCGAGUUGGUUCUGACUCAUAGCGACACUAUGUACAACAGAACAAAAAACUGCCUGGUUCUGCACCAUCCUCACAAUCCUUAUUAUGCUUGAGCCCACUGUUGCAGCCACUUGUCUGUCAAUCCAUCUUGUUGAGGGUCUUCUUUUUCACUGACCCUCUACUUUACCAAGCAUGAAGUCCUUCUCCAGGGAUAGAUCCCUCCUGAUAACAGGUCCAAAAUAUGUGAGAGAUAAUCUCUCCAUCCUUGCUUCUAAGGAGCAUUCUGGUACUUUUUCCAAGGCAGAUUUGUUCAUUCUUUUGGCAGUCCAUGGUAUAUUCAAUAUUCUUUGCCAACACCACAAUUCAAAGGUGUCAGUUCUUCAGUCUUCCUUAUUCAUUGCCCAGCUUUCACAUGCAUAUGAUGCAAUUGAAAAUACCGUGGCUUAAAUCAGGUGCACCUUAGACUUCAAGGUGACAUCUUUGCUUUUUAACACUUUAAAGGGAUCUUUUGCAGCAGAUUUGCCCAAUGCAGUGUGUCUUUUGAUUUCUUGACUGCUAUUUCCAUAGGUGUUGAUUGUGGAUACAAGUAAAAUGAAAUCCUUGACGACUUCAAUCUUUUCUCCAUUUAUCAUGGCUGCUUAUUGGUCCAGUUGCGAGGAUUUUUGUUUCCUUUAUUUUGAGGUGUAAUCCAUACUGAAGGCUGUGGCCUUUGAUCUUUGUCAGUAAGUGCUUCAAGUCCUCUUCAUUUUCAGCAAGCAAGGUGUGUCGUCUGCAUAACGCAGGUUGUUAAUCAGCCUUCCUCCAAUCCUGAUGCCCCAUCCUUUUUCAUAUAAGUCUAGCCUCUCAGAUUCUUUGCCCAGCAUACAGAUUGAAUAAGUAUGGUGAAAAGAUACAACCCUGACACACACCUUUCCUGACUUUAAACCACAUAUUAUCCUCUUCUGUUCAAACGAUUUCCUCUUGAUCCAUGUCCAGGUUCCUCAUGGGCACAAUUAAGUGUUCUGGAAUUCCCAUUCUUUGUAAUGUUAUCCAUAAUUGUUAUGAUCCACAGAGUUCAAUGCCUUUGCAUAGUCAAUAACACACAGGUAAACAUCUCUCUGAUAUUCUCUGCUUCCGGGUCAGCAUCCAUCUGAUAUCGCAAUGACAUCCCUCGUUCCACAUCCGCUUCUGAAUCUGGCUUGAAUUUCUGGCAUUUCCCUGUUGAUGCACUGCUGCAGCUGCUUUUGAAUGAUCUUCAGCAUUCUGUGUGACCUUAGAGAUAUUGUUCGAUAAUUUCCAGAUUCGAUUGGAUCACCUUUCUUGGGAAUAGGCAUAAAUAUAAAAUCUCUUCCAGUCAGUUGGCCAGCUAGCUGUCUUCCAAAUUUCUUGUCCUAGACAAGUGAGCACUUCCACCACUGCAUCCUUUUGUUAAAACAUCUGAAUUGAUAUUCCAUCAGUUCCUGGAGCCUCAUAUUUUCGCCAAUGCCUUCAGUGCAGCUUGGACUUCUGCCUUCAGUACCAUUGGUUCUUGAUCAUAUGCUACCUCCUGAAAAGGUUGAAUGUAGGCCAAUUCUUUUUGGUAUAGUGACUCCAGGUAUUCCUUCCAUCUUCUUUUGAUGCUUCCUGAAUCAUUUAGUAUUUUCCCCAUAGAAUCUUUCAAUAUUGCCACUCCAGGCUUGAGUUUUUUCUUCAGUUCUUUCAACCUGAGAAAUGCUGAGCAUGUUCUUCCCUUUUGAUUUUCUAAUUCCAGGUCUCUGCAUAUGCAAUUAUAAUACUUUACUUUGUCUUCUUGAGCUGCCCUUUGAAAUCUUCUGUUCAGCUUUUUUUACUUCAUCAUUUCUUCCAUUUGCUUUAGCUACUCAAUGUUCAAAGCAAGUUUCAGAGUCCCUUGUGUCAUCUAUUUUGCUCUUUUCUUUCUUUCCUGUCUUUUUAAUGACCUCUUGCUUUCUUCAUGUAUGAUGUCCUUGAUGUCAUUCCACAGGUCAUCUGAUCUUCAGUCAUUACUGUUCAAUGUGUCAACUCUGUUCUUGAGAUGGACUCUAAAUUCAGGUGGGAUAUGCUCAAGGUCAUACUUUGGCUCUCGUGGGCUUGUUUUAAUUUUCUUCAGCUUCAACUUGAACUUGCACAUGAGCAAUUGAUUGUCUGUUCUGCAGUAGGCCCCUAGCCUUGUCCUGACUGAUGAUAUUGAGGUUUUCUAUCAUCUCUUUCCACAGAUGAAGUCGAUUUGAUUCCUAUGUGUUCUAUUUAUGUUGGUGAAAAAAGGUAUUUGCAAUGAGGAAGUCAUUGGUCUUGCAAAAUUCUGUCAUGUGAUCUCUGACAUCAUUUCUAUCACCGAAGCCAUAUUUUCCAGCUACCAAUCCUUCUUCUUUGUUUCCAACUUUCACAUUCCAAUCACCAGUAAUUAUCGAUGCAUCCUGAUUGCAUGUGUGAUCAAUUUCAGACAGUAGAAGUUGAUAAAAAAUCUUCAAUUUCUUCAUCUUUGGCCUUAGUGGUUGUUGCAUAAAUUUGAAUAAUAGCCAUAUUAACUAGUCUUCCUUUUAGGCAUAUGGAUAAUAUCCUAUCACUGACAGGAUUGUACUUCAGGAUAGAUCUUGAAAUGUUCUUUUUGUUGAUGAAUGCAAUGCCAUUCCUCUUCAAUUUGCCAUUCCCAGCAUAGUAGACCAUAGGAUUGGCUGGUUCAAAGUAGCCAGUACCAUCCACUUCAACUCACUAUUGCCUAGGAUAGUGAUGUUUAUGCAUUCCAUUUCAUUUUUGAUGAUUUCCAAUUUUCCUAGAUUCAUACUUUGUACAUUUCAUGUUCCUAUUACUAAUGGACAUUUGCAGCUGUCUCUUCUCAUUUGGGAGCCAGGAGUUGGUCCAAGAGGAAUUGUGAAACCUCAAUACAGAGUAUCUCGGAGGUACUCUAUUUGGACCUCAGAGAACCAGGGUCCAAAGGUGUAAUUGAACACAGCCAGUGUCAGAGAGCAUGUCAUCAGUGUUAAAGAGUUGCAGGUGAGAAAUUUCCAGGACUGAGAUGUUUCUAAAGAACCUACAAAUCAUCAUGAGUCAGCUUAAAACAUCUGCCAAUGUUGGCAAUCCUCUCCAUAGCUUACAACAAUUGAGCCUUUGCUCUUCCUUACUUUUAUUCC